CCCCCGGCCGUCGUUACUGAAAAGUACAAUUGAAACAUGGCUAAGGAAGGUUGGAGUAGGCCUGCGAGUGCCCCUGCGAAAAUUUAUUCCAGGGAAAACGGCGUGGUAAUCCGCGACGUCACCCCAGAUUUGGACGAUUUUGUCAUCCAACACAUGUUGGAAAAUUUCGCUCGGGACUCAUCUCCAUUGGCUCAAAGUUUUAAACCCGCUGAAGACCCGGACUCCAUAGCCGAUUUUGCUACUAUUUGGAAAAAUAUCCUGCCGCAAAGAGUGUCUCUCGUAGCUCUGGCCGAAGGCACUCCUUGCUCAAACCUUGAACCAGUCAGUGUUUCGAAUCCGCCAACAAUAAUUGGUGUAAGCGUCUUGACCCUGCACUGCAAAGGUGAAAAAUCUACAUUUUCUUCACAAUGCAACGGGGCAGCUAUAAAAAAAAUAUUUGGUCUAUGGAAUCAUCUAAACUCUUUGGUAAACAUAUUUGAAAGAUUCAACAUCGACCACUACCUUGACUCAGUAGGUUUUUUCGCGGUGCCGAUAAUGCAUGAAAAAGGUAUCUUCUUGAUGCUCAUGAAAGCCAGGAUUGACCUUUGCCGCUAUUUGAAGAUUCCGCUGACCAGAACCAUUAACACAGAAAUCAAUUCGCAAAAGGUUCUGGCAGCCAAAGCUGGAUUCGAAGUGCUUCUGGACAAGCACUUUGAAGAACUUAAGGGACCGGACGGCAAAAUGCUGUUCCCAGAAAUGGCGCAGCACAAGUCAAUUCAAAUGCUCUCAGCUAGAAUUCGCUAGAAUUGUUGCUUGAAAUGGAACCUUAAUUGUACACUGAAGUAUUUAUUUUUGCAAAUCAAUAAACCCAUUAAACAUAAGUAUUUA